GGGCCUUUACCAUUUUCAGCAGGCAGCAUCUUACAGCAGCCAUGUGGAAAAUACCAAGGAGGUUUUCACUCACUGAUCCACUGGAGGAUAUUGAGACCUGGAGUGAGUCUGUGGACAAAGUCCUCGGUUGUAAAGCCGGACAGAUGGCUUUCCGGCAGUUCCUGAAGUCCGAGUACAGUGAGGAGAAUAUACUGUUUUGGCUCGCCUGUGAGGAGUACAAAAAAAUCAAGACCGACCCAGAGAUGAUCUCAUCUGCCAACAGGAUCUACUCAGAGUUUGUCCAAACAGAAGCACCCAGACAGAUCAACAUAGAUUGCGGUACCAGAGAAAAUAUAACAAAGAACAUCUCCCAGCCGACCCUGACUUCGUUUGAUACAGCACAGAAGCUCAUCUACAGUCUGAUGGCCAGGGAUUGCUACCCACGGUUCCUAAAAUCUGACAUCUAUCAGGGACUCCUGAGGAGAACCGAUUCAAGGUGA